AUGGAGGAUGUGUUUGAAGAAGAGGUGGAGGAUGAGGAUGAAGAAUCUUUAAUUAAGAUUCCUUCACGAAGACGUGUUAAGGCUGUGAAUCAUAAAGGACUUAAAAAUGAGACAAGACCUGUAAAUGCUGACAAUGAAGCUAAAGUUGAAAGUUCUUCUAGGCAAAUCACAAUGAGGCAGAACAGCUGUUCAAACGAAAACCAGUCAAAUAAUCAGAUGAUUCUGCGUCGAAAUGUUACACCUGGUGAAGGACAACGCAAUCAAAUACAUGAUGUCUCAUCCGAUACGACACAAAAUGAAGAAACAGCAAAUUUGGACUAUGUGGAGGCUAGCGAUGAUGAUGAUCGAUAUUUGAGAGCUAGUUUACGUGAAGAAAGUUUGGAUGAUUUUUUCUCAAAUGAUAAGGAUCCUGCAAAGCCUGACGAAACGUAUGUUAUUAAAGAAGUUGAGGACACUAAUGCGCAAGAUUUAAAUGAAAUUGCAACUGAGGUUAAGAAUGAAUUGAUGAGUGAUGCGGAAGAAGAAUCGGAGGAAGUUGAAGAAGAGACAGAUGUGCAACAAGCAAUUAUGCAAAAUUCUGUUAUUAUUGUGAAACAAGAAGAGAAUUACGAUGCGUUUUCUAAUAAUGUUGGGAUGCAAAAUGUUCAGAUGAGUAAUAGUGUUAUUAUCUGUGAUCCAACAGAACAUCAAGAAAGUAGUAGUGCGACGUCUUCCAAUGAGCCUCUUCCUGAUCUUCACCACGACAUACCUCUUCCACCAGCGCCUAUUAAUCCUCGAUUACAACUUUCAACAAUGAGUACUUCUUCAUCUUUGCCUGUUUACUCUAAAAAUUCAUCAUUAAAAUGUGCUCUACGUAAUAAAUCAACUGUUUCUGCCAAGGCAAUUGCUCCUAAAGUAACGCGAGAAGUUUGUAUAGAUCAGAGUUGUUCAAAUACUGACAUGGAAACUGAAGGAGGUAGUUCGAAAAGGCAAAGACUGGAUUUAGUCGAGCAACCCAGAGAUUUGAAGGAAUCAGUUGACGACGAUUAUAGUGAAUUCAGUGGUCCUCAACAGUCAAAACCUCCUUGGCAUGUGGAUGUGGAUCCAAUUUUGGUCAAUAAUACUGGUGCAACAGAAAUGUCUGACCCUUCUUCGUCCAACAAUAAGACGGGGUAUUCAUCAAAGAUCAAAAAGGUUUUUUGUCUUGUCCUUUCUCGUUCAUAA